AUGAAAUUAGACGCAAAGAAUCUAAGAUAUUUAACUAAAGAUGAUUUUAGAACUUUAGUAUCUGUUGAAAUGGGUAUGAAAAACCACGAGUUGGUCCCAGUCAAUUUAAUUUGCACAAUUGCCAAUUUAAAGUAUGGUGGUACUAAAAAGUCAAUUACCACAUUACACAAGUUUAAAUUACUUUUCCACGAUGCCAGAAAAUAUGAUGGUUAUAAAUUAACCUAUUUAGGAUACGACUUUUUAGCAUUAAAAACAUUGGUACAAAGAGGUGUUUGUGCCUAUGUUGGUAAUCAAAUUGGUGUUGGUAAAGAAUCAGAUAUCUAUAUUGUAGCAGACGAAGAUAAUAAAGAGAUGGUAUUAAAGUUACAUCGUUUAGGUAGAACAUCCUUCAAAACUAUCAAAAACAAUAGAGAUUAUUUAAAACACAGAAAAUCAGCAUCAUGGUUAUAUUUAUCACGUUUAGCAGCAUUAAAAGAAUUUGCAUAUAUGAAAGCAUUGCACGAUAAUGGUUUCCCAGUACCAACCCCAAUCGAUUAUAAUCGUCAUACCAUUGUAAUGUCAAGAGUACGUGGUUAUCCAAUGACCCAAAUUAUGGAAUUAAGACACCCAACUAAAGUAUACAACGACUUGAUGAAUCUUUUGGUUAAAUUAGCAAACUAUGGUCUUAUUCAUGGUGAUUUCAACGAGUUUAACAUUCUCAUUAGUGACGAAGAAGAAAUUACUCUUAUUGAUUUCCCACAAAUGGUUUCAACAAGCCAUAUAAACGCUGAGAUGUAUUUCGAUCGUGAUGUAAAUUGUAUUCGUACUUUCUUUGAAAAAAGAUUUGGUUUCAUUGGUCAAAAAUGGCCAAAGCUUGCAGAUUGUCAAAAUAUUCAUUCUUUAGAUGUUCAAAUUGCAGCUUCAGGUUUUACAAGAGAUUUAGAAAAAGAUUUUGAUAAAUUAGCAGAAGAGCAAAUUGAUUUAAGUGAUGAUGAAAAUAUUGAUAAUGAUAAUGAUAAUGAUGAAGAGGAAGAAAAUAAUAACAAUAAUGAAGAAGAAAAUAAUGAAGAGGAAGAAGAAAAUAAUGAAGAGGAAGAGCAAGAGCAAGAACAAGAGGAAGGUUAUCAUGAAAUUGAAACCAGUGAUGAGGAAGAAGAAGAGAGUGAUAGCGAUGAAUCAGUUGAAAAUAAUAAACAAGUCAUUGAAGAAUUCCAUGGUUUAUCACUUAAUAAAAAUAGAGAUUUUAAAUUUUCAAACUUAAAAGAUGAUGAUAAUGCUCCAAUCAUUUUAAGAAAAGAAUAUAUCCAAGAAAUUGGUGAAAUUGAAGGUGAACCAGUUGACGGUGAUUUCGAACAAUAUGUUGAAACACCAGAAGAAAGAAAAAAGAGAAAAGAAGAAGAAAAAAAGAGAGCUAUUGCCGAUAAAGUUAAAAGACAACUUAACAAUAAAAAAGGUGGUAAAAUGAGUGUUAGAAAUACUGUUAAAUCUAAAAACAAGAGAGAAAGAAUGGAUCACAUUAAAGCUUAUAAAUAA